UGGGGGUGGCAACGCUACUAGCCUAUUGCUGCUGUUGCUGUAUAACUUCGAGCUUGUUGAGGGCUGUCUUAAGACGGAAUAUGCUAAGCAGAUAGGUUAGUGUUUAUGUGUGCUGCUGGAGAGAUAGGCUACUGUAACUGAGAGUGAGGUGGCGUUUCGUUUUCCAUACCAACUGUGCUGCGUGGUCAGUAGAGGCGACGUUGAAUAGACAGAUAUAAUUUUCGGUUAUUCCUUUCCUUUUCGUUUUUCUGUCGAAACUGACAACAAACGCAGGUUUCCUGUGUGCAGUCUGGUAGUAGAAAGGACUUGGAAGCGAAAGGGAGUUUGUUCAAAUGGCAGCAAUGACAAUUGGAAUAGAACUAUGCGGUAAUUAAUCGCUGGUGUUGCAGCCAUCUAAUUCACCAUAGCGCGGUUAUCCGUGGCAGCACUGAACGUAGAGGUGGCUGCACUGUGUCCUGGCCACAGCUUCACUUUCACGGUGGCAAUAGGUGUAUUCAGUUAUUUUGGAUCAGUGCGGGAUUUGAUCUUGAACGUGCAAGGAAGGAACGCGUAACCGCUUAUUGAUGAACGAACCCGUGCUACAUCGUUUAUAAUUUACUCGUGAACCGAGCUGUACUCACUAUACUGUUAUUAUUACCAUUGCUCCAGUCGAGGAGAAAUACCAUGAAUAUGCAGCAACCCGUUUUGAACUGUUGCGAUUGUCAAACGUGAAGUAGCUGUGGCUUGCUUUUUGAGCCAAGGAGAAUAGCCAUAGUUUACCAGUUAUGGUGUUAAUACAUUUAUAAUAGUCCACGACAUUCUACGUUUUAAAUCCACCCCGAACAGCAUAUUGGUGCUCUUUUUUUAAUACGGAGGAUUUAAUUUAUAAUUUCGCGCUGAGUUUGCAGUGACCCUUGGGGACUGCUGGUCUGGAAUAGCAACAAAGGACGGGGGCGUGCAUUCAUGGAAUGCAACUUUGACAGCUCUCCACUACUUAUCUACGGACUUUAUCAGCUGGCAACGGGGACGAACUAGUAAUUGAAGGAGAUGGCCGAGAUCCCAACUCCCAGUCCUCUCCAUGAGUUGGACGUGGCCAUAGACCCAGACUUCGAGCCACAAAAACGGCCAAGAUCGUGCACCUGGCCGUUGCCCCGACCCGAGUCCAAUACGGGGAAACCAGAAAGCAACGACACUGACAUUAUACCCGAAGAAGAGGAUGAUGAAGAGGAACAACAUGCCACUUCCAUGGCCAUCAACGUCAAUGGCACCAGCUCCAGCGUGGGAGCAGACCACCAGAACAGCAACAGCCCUACGGCCGAAGGACUGCUGUCUGGACAGGAGAACGGAGGCUCCCCGCUCUCCUCCCACUCCCCCACGACCACCUCGGGCGCACUCGGCACCAGCGGCCCGGGUUCGCAGACUCCACGGAAGUCUUCGUCGCGCAGGAACGCGUGGGGGAAUCUAUCAUAUGCUGACCUGAUAACCAAAGCCAUAGAGAGCACGCCGGACAAGAGAUUGACUCUGUCUCAGAUUUAUGACUGGAUGGUGAGAUGUGUGCCGUACUUCAAAGACAAAGGCGACAGCAACAGUUCGGCUGGGUGGAAGAACUCCAUCCGGCACAACCUCUCCCUCCACAGUCGUUUCAUCCGUGUCCAGAACGAGGGAACGGGAAAGAGUUCCUGGUGGAUGAUAAACCCGGAGGGAGGGAAAGGCGGGAAGGCCCCCCGGCGCCGUGCUGUCUCCAUGGACAACAGCAACAAGUACACCAAGUCUGCCCGCGGCCGCGCAGCCAAGAAGAAGGCGGCCCUUCAGGCAGUGGUGGCUGGCGAGGGGGGCGGAGACAGCCCCUCGGGGCUUUCCAAGUGGCCGGGCAGCCCCACAUCACGGAGCAGUGAGGAGCUGGAUGCCUGGACAGACUUCCGCUCACGCACCAACUCCAACGCCAGCACGCUGAGUGGGCGCCUCUCACCCAUCCUGGCCAACCCAGAGCUGGACGAGCUGCUGGACGAUGAGCCGCCACUAUCUCCCAUGCUCUACUCCAGUCCCGGCGAGGCACUGUCGCCUGGGAACACCCCCACGCCCAAUGGGAAGGGACUGCCCGCAGAGCUGCCUCGCCUGGCAGACCUGGCGGGCACCAUGAACUUGAACGAGGGGCUGACGGACGACCUAAUGGAUGAGCUGCUGGAUAACAUCGCCCUGGCCCCCACCCCAACUGGACCAGCCACCCAGAGAGGAUCCUCCGGGCUCAGCUUUGGCUCCAAGCUUGCCGGACUGGGCUCCUCCUCCCCAACCACCUCUCCCUCUACUCCAUCCCCCUCUAAUGGUGCAGGCGGCGGUGGCUACUGUAACUCCAUCUUUGGUCCCCUCACAGUGGGCUCCUCCCUGCGGCCCGCCCCCAUGCAGACCAUCCAGGAGAACAAGCAGACGUCCUUCUCCUGCAUCUCCCGCUUCGGGAGCCAGACCCUGCAGGAUCUGCUCAGCUCAGAGGGCCACAGCCACAGCAAUGUCAUGAUGACCCAGUCUGACCCACUGAUGUCACAAGCCAGUGCCGCCGCUGUUAUCUCCCAGAACUCCAGGCGAGGCUUUGUUCUCCGCAGCGACCCCAUGAUGACCUUUGGGACCACAGCGUUAGGGCAGGGGGUGCUCCUGCACAACCACAACCAGGGCUCCCUGAGGACACUGAACGGGGGUCCGAGCCUGAACAACGAGGCCAACAGCCUGGCCAACGCCAAGCAGCAGCUCCUGCACUCUCCACUGGGACUUGGAUCAAACGGCUCCUCCAUGAUGCAGAUUGACUCGUCCCUCUUCCUGAACGGGAGCGUUGGUGGAAGCAGUGGGAUCUGCUCACUAGGCCCUGACCGCUUCCCUACCGACCUGGACCUGGACAUGUUUAACGGGAGCCUGGAGUGUGACAUGGAGUCCAUCAUCAGAAACGAGCUGAUGGACGCAGAUGGCCUGGACUUUAACUUUGACUCCCUGACCAACCUGAACGGACCCAAUCUGGGCAGCUUUACCAGCACCAAGCAGGGACCCCAGAGCUGGGUCCCUGGCUGAAAGAAAGGCCACACCCUAGAGGGGGCAGAGCAGGUACAAACUGUAGAGCAAGAGAAGAUCAGACACAAAGCAUCCUUUUUGCCAAGCCUGCCAUCAGCACAACAUGGAAUAAAUACCCUCUGUUUACACAAGACCUCCUCUAGAGAAAUGUACCUUUUCUCCCACUCUGACGGACCAUGAAUGAUUUGAAGUACACAGACUCACAAGAUGUGACCGUCAGAUCCUCAAAGACCCCUGCAAAACAAACAAACAAUCUGAAAUCAUCACAACAAACUCAUCUCAGAAUUAUGCAAUCUUCCUUUGAGCAAAUACCAGUCGGACAAAGUCUAUUGUAAAGAUACAGAGCGAGAGGGGCUGUGUUUUGUUUAUUUGAAGGGUUUUUGGGAAACAAGGACAUUUGGCAAGCAAGGUUGUAGUGUACAAGUAGCUCCUGGAAGAAAAUGACAAAAGAUAAACAAAAGUGAUGUGGUGUAAAAUCUAAUACAGUGGUUUCUGGGAUGUGUUAUGUUGGAAAAUCCUCCUCUGUUUUCACUCAGUGAUUUUAAAUGUUUAAUGUUUGUUCUUAAAUUCCUGUUUUACCAUCAUCACUGUUUCUGCACCACAGUUGUUUUAUAAAAAAAACUAUUGAUGAAAUGAAAUUUGACAGUUUCUGCACUCAAAAUAGCGACAACACACACACGUUGCACACACACCGAUGAUGUCAAACAAUAAUGCCACAUGCAUUUCAGGUUUUUGGUGUUGUGUUGUUUUCCUUUUACAUGAGUUUGAUUGAUUAGUCACGGUUUUAAAAUGCCUUAUGUAAAACAACUGUAGAAAAUAGAAAAAGAACAAGAAGAAGAAGUCUGUCAUGGAUCUGUGUACAGUACAGUGGAAGCUUCAACUUAAAGGAAGAGCCGAAGAGGAGGAGGAGUUUAGACCUUCUUUCUAGUUAAUGGGUGGGGUAUGUCAACGUGUUGUAGUACAGCAUAUGUAGCCAAAAUAAAUACCUAUGUCCUAGCAUUGUGUACAUUUCCACGCCAUAACUGGUGCUAUGAUGUAAACAGUGUUUGAGUCUAGGCCCUAGUAAGCCGUGCAUUUUACCUAUCUGGCCCGGCGGACCCCGCCGAGCUGUAGCCGUAGUCGUAGCAACGGCAGGGUGGCACUGAGAGGCCAGGAGGUUGUACAGUUAGCCUCCUCCAUCUCCGGCAGCCAUUUUGUUUUUCUUGAGUGAAACGAUAAGCUAUCUGUGUAUGUUGCCAAAUUACUUGAAACAACAUGUAGGAGAUGCUGGCAGCCAAAACAACAGCACACACACACACACGCGCACACACACACACACACACACACACACACACACACACACACACACACACACACACACACACACACACACACACACACACACACACACACACACACACACACACACACACACACACACUUAGCGAAAAAUAAGAGCAGGGAUUUGUGUUUUAGCUCUGCUUGUUGUUUCGUUGUGGGCGUGUUAUUAUAUGCAUAUACCAUCACUCAGGGGGAAGAGGGAGCGAGAGCCCGUUCCAACGUUACACCAGGUCCCAUCUCCAUGGCAGAACACACAACAACAUGUUGGCAAAAAACUAUUGCUUGUGUUGUAAACUUGUAACCUGUGAACUAUGACCUUUCAAGUGGAAGAGAAGAAGGAAAUCAGGAGAAAGAUCUGACUCUUCACUCGGUCCGGUCGUUUGUUUUUAUGUCGUUGUAGUUUUUUCUCCUCAUGUGGGACUCAUGACACGCGCACACACAAACCCCUCACACACACACCCCUAACACACACACCCUUCGCAGACACGCCUGGUGCUCCUAACAGGUCUCUCCUGUAUCUCCUGAGUGUGUGUUUGUGUGUGUGACUCGUUUAUUGAUCUCGUUUAUUGAUUUUGUCUCACGAGGAUAUGUUAUCCUUCGUUAUCCUUCACGGAGCAUACAGCACCCCCCCUGUGUGCAUGUAUAUAUUUAUGCAUUAUGAACUGUGUGAAAUGCAUAUAUAUACUUACUCUAUGAUCUUAUAUACUCAUGUAGUACUUGACCCUUGGUUUUUUAUGAUACCUCGAAGGUAGAGUUGAAGAAAGAACAGAACAUUACUUGCUGGGUAAGGGGGUAGAUGCUAUGCUAAUAUUAGUAACGCCAUUGUUGCUGAACCAGAUAGAGAACCAGGAAACCAUGCUUGUAGCAGCAUCUGGGCCUCUGGUACCCCUUCUGUGUCUGGGGUCUUUAUCCAGAGGGUUGCCCCGUCCUGUCUAUCUUGUAAAAUAGUGUACAAACGAACAAACGUGUGUGUGUUUGUCCGUCAGCCAGAGGUUGAGGCAGAGGAGUGUGUUUGCAUGUCUGGGUAGAUGAUCAACUGUAGAAGUGUUACCUCAGGUUUACGGCAUGACAGCCCCCACCCCAUAGAGAUCCUGUAAGGGUUUUCUUGAGGUGAAGUAGAAGAGGACCAAAACGCAGCGUGGUUAUAUUGAUUCAUGUUUAAUUAAAACAGAUAAACACGAACACUACAAAACAACAAACGUGGAAAAGGUCAGAACGUGACAGAUCCUAUGAAAUUACUAAAGGAGAUAUGUGAUGAACCCUCAUAGUUUCAGAAUGGGGUGAAAAUGGCAGCCGUAUUGGUCAGAGAGAAAUCCAAACGAUUUAAAUUGGAAUGAAUGGCUGGAGCAGCAUAAUUAUGUAACAUAAUUAUUGUCAAUCUAAAACAUUGUCAUAUAAAUACCGUUUAUACGGGUAUUAUACAAAUGUUCUGUAUAAAUAACCACUAAAAUACACUAUAUAUACAAAAGUAUGUGAACACCUCUUCACAUUAGUGGAUGCAACCUUUCCAACAAGUUAGUUCGUUAAAUUUCUGCCCUGCUAGAGCUUCCCCGGGUCAACUGUAAGUGCUGUUAUUGUAAAGUGGAAACGUCUAGGAGCAACAACGGUUUAGGGAAAGCCCUGUCCUGUUUUAGCAUGACAAUGCCCCCAUGCACAAAGCAAGGUCCAUACAGAAAUGGUUUGUCAAGAUCGGUGUGGAAGAACUUGACUGAACUGCACUGACCCCUGACCUCAACCCCAUCGAACACCUGGAAUGAAUUGGAAUGCAGAGCCAGGCCUAAUCGCCCAAAAUCAGUGCCAGACCUCACUAAUGCUCUUGUGGCUGAAUGGAAGCAAGUCCCUGCAGUAAUGUACUAACAUCUAGUGGAAAGCCUUCCCAGAAAAGUGGAGGCUGUUAUAGCAGCAAAGGGGGACCAACUCAAUAUUAAUGCCCAUGAUUUUGGAGUGAGAUGGUGGAUGAGCAGGUGUCCACAUAUUUUUUGGUCAUGUAGUUUAAUGUAAUCAGACAAUAAAGUCAAAAUGUUUGUUUUUCUUGGAAAUCUAUGAGUGCUUAAUAGCACUAAAAGUUGUAGACCAGUGGUACACUCAGCUCACUCGGUAUGAUGAGAAUCCCUAUGAGUCCCCAUACACACAGCCAGGAGAGUAGAUCCCCUAAGCUUGACGUCUUCUAACCCCCUCCGUCUCUGCAAUAUGUGACUUCCAACAAACCAAGAGUCUUCUAUAGCUCUUCACUGCACCUUGACCUAUAGACUCAUCUCUGCAUUUGACCUUUCUGUCUGGAAGAGGGAAGUCCAAAGCCAUCAUGCCAUUAGCACUGCAUUUCAACAUGUCUAUAGUGUACAGGCAGACAGAGAAGGGAUGAAAGAACCCAGUCAGCCCAGAACAGAUGCAUUCUUUGCUACUGCGUUUAGAGGAAACCGGAUGGCUCCUCUGGCCCCAUAAUGGUGGCACAUGCCAGCCACAGCACAGUACUGCCCCCGUGUCCAUGUCAAAGCUCUUCUCGAUCCUAGAACUUUACACCCCUUGUUAGCCCCGUCCCCCACCUGCUCUCCUGUCACCUAUGCCCUCUGCUCUUUGACCUCUGUAGUAACCUCGCUUCUUCUCGACGAUGUUGAUGUUAGUGGGUAUUUUUCCUGUGUAUUCCAUGUUGAAUUGUAAUCUAGUUUGUAUAAGAAAUGGUGCGCAUGUAAAUAAAGCCGGGUGAAACUCCA